UCGAGAGCAACGAGCUCUUAUCUGUCAAUGGCUGAAGGAAUUGAGAUUCCCAGAUGGCGUCUUUUGUCAAUUGCUUUCCGUGAUUUCCUCAUAGAUGAAGUUUGGGGUCCCUUAACUGAGAUGAGUAACUUUUUUAGAGCUUUAACUGCUCCGAUUAUUCAAGUCAGUAACAUGGAGAUGUGGGAGGAAAAAAUGGUUGAGACCAUUUGCAAGUUAGAGAAAGUAGUCCCGCUAGCAUUCUUUGACUCGAUGUAGCAUUUAGCUAUCCAUCUACCAUAUGAGGCAAAAGUUGGAGGACCUGUCCAAUUUUGUUGGAUGUAUCCUUUUGAAAGGUAUAUUUCUUCUAAUAUAUCUUUACAUCACAA